AUGAAUCCUGAGAUGGAGAGUUUGGAUGUACGAAAUGCAGUCUACCGUUUUCUCUCUUCUCGUAUACCCAUCCCUGAUGUUCUCCCGUACAGGUAUGAUGCGCGACUUCUGCUCGAAUCUCUGCCCAAUAUAUCCUCUCAGCCGGAGGCCAUCUCAAGGGCCAGUUCCCCAGGAGGGUGGUCUGACCUCCCAUCCGACGCUGAGGACACGUUCUUCUUUACCGCAGAAGAGACAGAGGACUACCGGCGUGACAAGCGGCGUCGCGUGAUGGACCAGGAUGGGUCCGACGAGGAGAGAGACCCCAAGGAAAGCUGGGGUGGCAGCGACGAGGAGCCCGACGACGCGCAGCGCAAGUUAAUGCGCCGCACCGCGUCCCACAUUCUGUCCUCACCCAACCCCGCGCAGCUCGAGAUGCGCAUCCUCGCGAACCACGGGGCGGACCCGCGCUUCGCGUUCCUGCGCGGACGGUGGUCGUGUGCGUGGCAGCUGGCGAGGGGGAAGGUGCGUCUAGAGCAGGAAGAGGAGAAGAACCGGAGGGCGGCGCAGGCGAAGACGCAGAACCUCAUCGGCGGUCUUGCGGGGUAUGGUGAUAGCGAUGAGGGGAGCGAGGCCGCAGAAGAAGAAUAUCAGGAGGAUGUCCGGGAAGCCCCGUUGGAGGGUCGUGGCACGGCAGAGGUGGCUGGGUCCUCGGAGCUGUCACAUGAAGUUGACAAUGCGGUUAAGGCAGCGAGACGUGCUCGGGCACGAGAAUGGGCUGAGAAGCGGCGGGCUGCAAAGGAGGCAGCAGAUGCUCGAAACAGCGAGUCUUGACGGUAUCCUCACGUGUUUAUUAGUCCGUUUAAUAAUUGAUGGAGUACUGAUGGAGCGGGUUUUCACUAUGUAUCUCGUCU